UCGGGACAACUCCCCCAGCCUGAAGGAGAUCAGAAACGGUUGCCAGCAGCAGAAUGACCGAAAGCCCCCGAUGCCGCUCCGCCUGCUGCGCCCCGAACCCCCGACGCCUCCUCCGGCCACCAUCCUCCCCCUCUCCGCCAACACUAGUCCUCCUCAGCCGCCUCUCCCGGCCCCCUCAAACCCCAACCCCUCCAUCCCGAUCACCUCCCCGACCCCCUCCCUGCCCCUCUCCCCUCCGCCCUCCGUCGUCAAUUCUAGCGAGAUCCUGGUGGAGCUGGAGCGGAACAACAACUCCACCAACGCCAGGCGGAAGGGAGGGCCAUCAGGGGGCGACAGCGAGCCCAACCUCAUCGACUGUCUGCUGGUCAGCCCGGCCGUCAACACGCUGUCCAUCCAGCUGCCGGCGCAGGCCGACCGAGUGCUGGGCUGCUUCGCUCUCAUCCUCAAGAUGCUGUCGGACUACGACGACUGGAGACCGGCUCUGGCGAGCCUGCUGCAGCCCAUCCCCUUCCCUAAAGAGUGAGUGUUCACUCCUUCACACCUCAGUCACA